AUGCCAGCCAUCCUGGUAGCCUCCAAAAUGAAAUCGGGACUACCUAAACCCGUACACAGCGCUGCUCCAAUCCUGCAUGUCCCAACGGCCAGGACCAUCCCACAGCCCUGUUACCUGAAGUUUGGGAACAAGGUGGAGGUGACGAAGCCAUUGUAUUCCAGCCAGAUUCCUCUCAAAUCUCCUAAUGGACAAGAAAACACAGGAGAUGGACUCCUACCAAGGAAGAGUAGCUCGGUAGAAAAUGGAUUUGACACACAGAUUUAUACGGAUUGGGCUAAUCACUAUCUAGCAAAAUCUGGUCACAAGAGAUUGAUAAAGGAUCUACAGCAAGAUGUGACUGAUGGAGUCUUAUUAGCUGAAAUAAUCCAGGUUGUAGCAAAUGAAAAGAUUGAAGACAUCAAUGGCUGCCCCAAAAAUAGGUCUCAAAUGAUUGAAAACAUAGAUGCGUGCCUGAGUUUCUUGGCUGCUAAGGGAAUUAACAUACAGGGGCUGUCAGCAGAAGAAAUCAGGAAUGGGAAUCUAAAGGCGAUCUUGGGCCUUUUCUUCAGUUUAUCUCGAUACAAGCAACAGCAACAGCAGCCACAGAAACAGCAACCACAACACCAUCCAUCCCAGCAACCUCCUCCCCCAGUGUCCCAGCAAGCAGGGCCUCCAUCCCAGUGCCAGGUCGGGCUACUGCAGCAGCAGGUGCCGGCUUCGCUCCAGACUCCGUGCCAACAGCCCCUGCAAGCUGCGCAGCAUCAGUUCAAAGCACAACCAGAAAUGCAGUCAAGUGCAUCUCCCAGGGACUCAUCUCAAAGCAAAAUCAUCCGAUUCACUCUUGGUCAGAAAAAGUCUUCUAGACUUCCAGGCCCCACCACGAGGGUGUCCGCUGCAGGCAGUGAGGCCAAAGCUCGUGGUUCUAUUAGUGCCAACAAUCGACGCAGCCAGAGCUUUAACAAUUACGACAAAUCUAAGCCUGGACUUCCCCUUCCAACACCAACAAGUAGCAAUGACAAAGAGCCUGCAGACAGUACAGCCUCCCAGCCCACAGGAAUGAAUGAAAAUGUUUCAUCCUCAGUUCAAAGCUGCAGCAGUACCGUUAGUUGCAAUAACUCAUCAGCCAUCCCUCAGCCCAGCUCUGCUAUUAAACCUUGGCGCAGCAAGUCCCUUAGUGCUAAGCACACAGCUACGUCUUCCAUGUUAUCCGUAAAGCAACCCGUAUCAGAGCCUCCAAAGCCACCGUCGGAAAUCGCCAAAACAACUCCCAACGGUCAAAAAUCCAUGCUUGAAAAAUUAAAACUCUUCAAUAGCAAAGGAGGCUCCAAAGCAGGAGGGACAACGCUCGAGUGUCCAGGGUCUCGGGACAACAGUUGUGAAAAGCUGGAGACGCUCCUCAGCUUUGAGGAAAGCGAAGAAAUUGAUGCCGCGAAUCAGAAUGUGAACAAUCCGGGGUCGAUGUCCAGUAGUCCCAAAAUUGCACUGAAGGGAAUUGCACAAAGGACUUUUAGCCGGGCACUAACUAAUAAGAAAAGCUCUCCAAAGGGUAAUGAGAAGGAUAAAGAGAAACAGAAAGAGAAAGAGAAGGAUAGAAGUAAAGACAUUGCAAAGAGAACAUCUGUCACUGAAAAGCUGGACGUGAAAGAGGAACCAAAAGAAGAACAGACAGCACUAGCAACAACAGAGAUGCCAAAAAAGUCCUCCAAGAUCGCAAGCUUUAUCCCUAAAGGAGGAAAGCUGAAUAGUGCCAAGAAGGAGGCCUCUGCCCCUUCGCACAGUGGAAUACCAAAACCAGGAAUGAAAAACACCACAGGGAAAUCCUCAAGUGCCCCCGUUCCUGCAAAGGAAGGUGAGAGAAGCCGCAGCGGGAAAGCCGGCUCAGGGCUCUCUCAUCAGAAGUCUCAGCUGGACAGCAGGCAUUCCAGCUCCUCGUCCAGCCUAGCUUCUUCAGAAGGAAAAGGCGUAGGAGGCCUCAACAGCAGCAGCAGCAGCCAAGCUGUCAAUGGACCCACCGCGACGACACACACCACAGGGAGCAAUACUGUGAGUGUUCAGCUACCUCAUCCCCAACAGCAAUACAGCCACCCGAACACUGCCACCGUAGCUCCCUUCAUGUACAGAUCGCAGACAGACAAUGAAGGGAACGUAACGGCCGAGGCCGGCACAGGAGGGGUCAGCAUGGAUUCUGCUCUGUAUGUCAAAACUGGACAGCCUGCUCUCGAAGACCUCUCAGGAGAGGAUCCAGAAACUCGGCGGUUACGAACUGUGAAAAAUAUCGCCGAUCUUCGACAGAACUUAGAGGAAACGAUGUCCAGUUUGCGGGGAACCCAGGUCACUCACAGCACAUUGGAAACUACAUUUGACACCAACGUCACUACCGAGAUAAGUGGCCGCAGCAUCCUCAGCUUGACGGGACGACCGACCCCCUUAUCGUGGAGACUGGGGCAGUCCAGCCCCCGCCUGCAGGCAGGCGACGCUCCAUCGAUGGGAAACGGGUAUCCUCCGCGAGGGAACGCCAGCCGCUUCAUCAACACGGAGUCGGGACGUUACAUGUAUUCGGCACCUUUGCGGAGGCAACUAGCGUCCCGCGGUAGCAGCGUCUGCCAUGUCGACAUCUCGGACAAGGGAAGCGAUGAAAUCGAUCUGGAAGGCAUCACCAUGGAUGCCACCGGCUAUAUGAGCGAUGGGGAUGUGCUGGGCAAGAAUAUCAGAGCUGAUGACAUCACAAGUGGGUAUAUGACCGAUGGUGGUCUGGGCCUCUAUACUCGAAGGCUAAACCGGCUGCCUGAUGGCAUGGCUGCAGUGCGGGAGACGAUGCAGCGUAAUACUUCACUGGGACUCGGAGAUGCUGACAGCUGGGAUGACAGCAGCUCUGUCAGCAGUGGGAUCAGUGACACCAUAGAUAAUCUCAGUACUGAUGACAUUAACACUAGCUCCUCUAUCAGCUCCUAUGCCAACACACCUGCCUCCUCCCGUAAAAACUUAGAUGCACAGACCGAUGCAGAAAAGCAUUCCCAGGUUGAGCGGAAUUCCUUAUGGUCUGGUGAUGAAGUCAAGAAAUCAGACGGAGGAUCUGAUAGCGGCAUAAAAAUGGAGCCAGGAUCUAAAUGGAGGCGGAAUCCCUCUGAUGUGUCGGAUGAAUCUGAUAAAAGCACUUCUGGUAGGAAGAACACUGUUAUUUCGCAGACGGGCUCCUGGCGACGGGGCAUGUCAGCUCAGGUUGGCAUUACCACACCAAGGACUAAACCUUCAACCACCUCAGGCACAUUAAAGACACCUGGAACAGGGAAAACUGAUGACGCCAAGGUAUCAGAAAAGGGUAGACUAUCUCCUAAAGCUGGACAUGUUAAACGUUCCCCAUCAGAUGCAGGACGCAGCAGUGGUGAUGAAUCCAAAAAGCUUCCCACAAGUAACUCUAGAACAACUGCUGCUAAUGCUAAUACAUUUGGAUUUAAGAAACAGAGCGGGUCAGCCGUAGGCAUGACUAUAAUCACUGCCAGUGGGGCAACUAUCACCAGUAGAUCGGCUACCCUGGGAAAAAUCCCAAAGUCAUCUGGACUCAUGGGUAGGACCACUGGUCGGAAGACUAGUGUUGAUGGCUCACAGAACCAGGAUGAUGGCUACUUAGCACUUAGUGCCCGAACUAAUCUUCAAUAUCGUAGUUUACCCCGGCCCAGUAAAUCCAGUAGCAGAAGUGGAGCUGGGAAUAGAUCUAGCACGAGUAGCAUAGACUCCAACAUAAGCAGCAAGUCAGCUGGGUUGCCUGUCCCUAAAAUGAGAGAGCCUGCCAAGGUAAUCCUUGGAAACUCUCUGCCAGGAUUAGUCAAUCAGACUGAUAAAGAGAAAGGGAUUUCGUCUGACAACGAAAGCGUGGCCUCAUGUAAUUCUGUUAAAGUGAACCCUGCAUCACAGACUGCUUCUAGCGGAGCUCAAAGUACUCACCAGCAAGGAGCCAAGUACCCCGAUGUGGCCUCUCCCACUUUGCGCAGACUUUUUGGUGGCAAGCCUAGUAAACAAGUUCCCAUCACAACAGCAGAAAAUAUGAAAAAUUCAGUAGUCAUCUCUAAUCCUCAUGCUACCAUGAACCAGCAGGGUAAUCUUGAUUCACCAUCUGGCAGUGGUGUGCUGAGCAGUGGGGGCAGCAGUCCUCUAUAUAGUAAAAACACAGAUAUGAACCAAUCUCCACUAGCUUCUAGUCCCAGUUCAGCACAUUCAGCUCCUUCCAACAGUUUAACAUGGGGUACCAACGCAAGUAGCAGUUCUGCUGUUAGCAAGGAUGGCAUUGGAUACCAGUCUGUCAGCAGUCUUCAUACCAGCUGUGAAUCCAUUGAUAUCUCUCUGAGCAGUGGAGGUGGCCUGAGCCAUAACUCCUCCAGUGGCUUGAUUCCAGCCUCUAAAGAUGAUUCUCUAACUCCCUUUGUCCGAACCAACAGUGUAAAGACUACGCUGUCUGAAAGCCCUCUUUCUUCCCCUGCUGCUAGCCCCAAAUUCUGCCGAAAUACUUUGCCCAGGAGACAGGACAGCGACCCACAUCUUGAUAGGAACACUUUGCCUAAGAAGGGACUCAGGUAUACCCCAUCCUCCCAACUCCGUAAUCAAGAAGAUGCAAAAGAAUCAGGAGGACUUCAGGAUACUGCUGGCAAUUCUCCAUUUUCAUCUGGAUCCAGCAUAACAUCACCCUCUGGAACUAGAUUUAACUUCUCGCAGCUUGCAAGCCCAACCACUGCAGCCCAGAUGAGCCUGUCAAAUCCAACCAUGCUACGGACCCACAGCCUUUCCAAUGCAGAUGGUCCUUAUGACCCCUAUAGUGAUACGCGCUUCAGGAACAGCUCGAUGUCCCUGGACGAGAAAAGCAGAACAAUGAGUCGGUCUGGUUCUUUCCGUGAUGGUUUUGAAGAAGUGCAUGGUUCUUCUCUCUCUUUGGUAUCCAGUACGUCAUCUAUUUAUUCGACGCCUGAAGAGAAGUGCCAGUCAGAGAUUCGCAAGCUACGAAGAGAGUUGGAUGCAUCCCAAGAAAAAGUGUCAGCUCUGACAACUCAGUUGACUGCCAAUGCUCACCUGGUGGCAGCAUUUGAGCAGAGCCUGGGGAACAUGACGAUCAGACUGCAGAGCCUGACAAUGACAGCAGAACAAAAGGACUCAGAACUGAACGAAUUAAGGAAGACUAUUGAACUACUGAAGAAGCAAAACGCUGCUGCCCAGGCUGCCAUCAAUGGAGUCAUCAACACACCUGAGCUCAACUGCAAAGGACCUGGAGCUGCUCAACCCGCAGACCUGCGGAUCCGAAGGCAGCACUCUUCAGAUAGCGUCUCCAGUAUUAACAGUGCUACCAGUCACUCCAGCGUGGGAAGCAACAUAGAGAGUGAUUCAAAGAAAAAGAAGAGGAAGAACUGGGUCAAUGAGUUACGCAGCUCCUUCAAGCAAGCUUUUGGUAAAAAGAAAUCUCCCAAGUCAGCAUCUUCUCAUUCAGAUAUUGAGGAGAUGACUGAUUCUUCAUUGCCUUCUUCACCAAAGCUACCCCACCAUAACUCCACUGUUUCAACGCCAUUGCUGAGAGCUUCCCAUUCCAAUUCUCUUAUUUCUGAAUGCACUGACAGUGAAGCUGAAACGGUCAUGCAGUUACGAAAUGAGCUAAGAGACAAGGAGAUGAAGUUGACUGAUAUUCGUCUAGAAGCCCUUAGCUCCGCUCAUCAGCUUGACCAGCUUCGGGAGGCAAUGAACAGAAUGCAGAGCGAGAUUGAAAAAUUAAAGGCAGAAAACGAUCGGCUGAAAUCUGAAAACCACGGCAGCUGUAGCAGGGCUCAGUCUCAGGUUUCCAUUUCAUCCUCCCCAAGACAUUCAGUGGGUCUCUCUCAACACAGUUUGAACCUCACGGAGUCAACCAGUCUCGACAUGCUGUUAGAUGACACUGGUGAUGGCUCUGCCCGGAAAGAAGGAGGCAGGCACGUCAAAAUAGUUGUCAGCUUUCAGGAUGAGAUGAAAUGGAAGGAGGAUUCGAGGCCUCGCACCUUCCUCAUAGGCUGCAUUGGAGUCAGUGGCAAGACCAAAUGGGAUGUUCUGGAUGGGGUUGUGAGACGGUUGUUCAAGGAGUAUAUCAUUCACGUGGAUCCCGUGAGCCAGCUGGGACUGAAUUCAGACAGUGUUCUGGGCUACAGCAUUGGAGAAAUCAAACGCACUAAUAGCGCAGAGACACCUGAGCUGUUGCCCUGUGGCUAUCUAGUUGGAGAAAACAACACUAUUUCAGUUACCAUCAAAGGUAUCUGUGAGAACAGUUUGGACGGUCUGGUGUUUGAAUCGCUGAUCCCAAAGCCUAUACUGCAGCGUUAUGUCUCUCUCCUGAUGGAACAUAGACGGAUUAUCUUAUCUGGCCCCAGUGGAACUGGUAAAACAUACCUAGCAAAUCGUCUGUCUGAGUAUAUGGUCCUUAGAGAGGGCAGGGAGUUGGCCGAUGGCAUUAUUGCAACCUUCAAUGUGGACCAUAAAUCCAGUAAGGAACUCCGCCAGUACCUGUCCAACCUAGCAGACCAGUGUAACAGUGAAAAUAACGCUGUGGAUAUGCCACUUGUAAUCAUUUUGGAUAAUUUGCAUCAUGUUAGCUCCCUAGGAGAGAUCUUUAAUGGACUUCUAAACUGCAAGUACCACAAAUGUCCAUAUAUUAUUGGCACAAUGAACCAAGCCACCUCCUCAACACCUAAUCUUCAACUUCACCAUAAUUUCAGAUGGGUGCUAUGUGCUAACCACACUGAGCCGGUCAAAGGCUUUCUUGGCCGUUUCUUGAGAAGAAAAUUAAUUGAAACAGAGAUCAGUGGCAGGAUGAGAAAUGCAGAGCUGGUUAAAAUUAUUGAUUGGAUUCCAAAGGUCUGGCAACAUCUGAACAAAUUCUUGGAGGCUCACAGCUCAUCUGAUGUUACUAUUGGUCCACGGCUCUUCCUCUCCUGUCCGAUAGAUGUGGAUGGUUCUAGAGUUUGGUUUACUGACUUGUGGAACUACUCCAUCAUCCCAUAUCUUCUGGAGGCAGUUAGAGAAGGGCUACAGUUGUAUGGGAGGAGAGCGCCCUGGGAGGAUCCUGCCAAAUGGGUAAUGGACACCUACCCCUGGGCGGCCACCCCACAGCACCAUGAGUGGCCUCCUCUGCUACAGCUGCGGCCUGAAGACGUGGGCUUUGACGGGUACUCGAUGUCACGGGAAGGCUCGACCAGCAAACAAGUUCCAGUGAGUGAUGCUGAAGGAGAUCCUUUGAUGAACAUGCUAAUGAGACUGCAAGAAGCAGCCAACUACUCAAGUCCCCAGAGUUACGACAGUGACUCUAACAGCAACAGCCAUCAUGAUGACAUCCUCGAUUCGUCUCUGGAGUCGACGUUGUGAUCUUCCUUGGAUAGGAAUAGGUCGUUUCCACUAUCGCUCUCUCACUUGGCAAGAACCCUGAUCACAGACUCAUGAAAAGAACUGUUCGUGGGCUGAGAUCUCAGUAUUAGAGCUGCAAGAACAAGACACUUGGAGUCAACAAGACACUUGGAGUCCAGUCUUGAACCUGGGUGCAGGCAACCCAAGCAACCUUUGUAUUGUUUUUCUUUUGACAAUGAUGAGAACUGCACUAUUUCUUUGUUUUCUUCUGUUUAGUUGCUGUAAGCUCUCAUGCCUAAGAUACUGAAGAUGUUAAAAAUAAUCAUCAUUACUAAAAGUUGAAGGGGCGGGGUGGGGACUUCACAGCUAUGAAGCAAACAGCUUGGUGCCAUGUACUGUCCAGAAGGAGAGGGGAGAGGAAAUUUUUGCCUAUGCUGCUUCUGACCAAACACAUAUAGGUGAGGGCUGGACUUUUACCAAUCAGCUUUGUGGAUUAAACUCAGCUUUGUAUAGUUCUGGUGCUAUAACAAUAUUGCUUGCCUUGGUAAUAAUACUCAAUAAAGGCAAAGCUGCAAAACAGGGAAGUUUGAAUGAAUAUUAAAAAAGAGAAAAGAAAAAAAAAGAAAAGAAAAAGCGCUGCUCUCCUUGCCAGUCUGAGACCUUGGCUUUCUUUCAUUGUGUGUUUAUAAAGAUAUAUAUAUAAAUAGGAAUAUAUAAAAAUAUAUAUACAGUCUGAACAAAUCAGGUUUUUUCAAACACUGUGUACCAAUCAGUCCUACUACAAAUGAAAGAUCAGGUAGCCCUUUGCUAGUCAGGGCCUGAUUCUCUUCCCACUUACAUCCACGUAACCAACUCGGUUGACUUCAGUGGCGUUACACCCAAUUUAUUUACACUGAUGAGAGUGAGUUUCCCUCCUCCGCAGGGGUCAGCAAAAGGGCCAUGCCCCGUGAAGU